CUAACACCGCCCGGCUGGAGGAGGAGCGGUCCUAACACCGCCCGGCUGGAGGAGGAGCGGCCGUGUGUGUUGCCGCUGAACAAUAACAAUAUACAGAUAUUCACCAGUCGGUUCCGUGAGUUGACGGCGGCGUCGAGUGUCCGUGUCCGGUCCCACGAUGGCUCAUCUCACCCAGAACCCCGCCGACAAGGAGAGGUUCAUCUGUCUCUACCCGAUCUACAUCAACAGUAAGAAGACGCUGGCUGAAGGACGCAGGGUUCCCACAGAGAAGGCUGUGGAGAAUCCGUCCUGCGCUGAGAUCCAAAGCGUCCUGACGGCUGCUGGGAUGAACGUCUACGUGGAGGACAAAAUGCAUCCCAAGGAGUGGAACAGGGACGUCCAGUUCAGAGGUCGUGUCAGAGUUCAGCUGAAGCAAGAAGAUGGCGUCUUCUGUCAGGACAAAUUCAGCUCCCGUAAAGACUUGAUGUUUUACGUCGCUGAGAUGAUCCCGAAGCUCAAGACUCGGACCCAGAAGAGUGGCGGUGCAGACAGCAGCUCUCAGCAGGGAGAAGGAGGGAAGAAGAGCAAGAAGAAGAAGAAAUAGACCCACGACACAACUUUUUUUUUAUUCUUUAACAAAGUCCAAGACGUGUCUCUGUUGAGUUGAUCGAUUAUCGAUGGCUCUGAUCGAACUCUCGCUCUGCGGAGGGGAGUGAAAGCGUCGCUGUACAGUCAAAUGAAAACCUGACUGAAAAACGUUCAGCUCAUCGAGUCGCUUCAACAGAGAAACACUUUUUUUGGGGAUCUGGACGUGGGGGCGGAGACAUUCAUCUGUGUUUCUGUUUAACCCCCCUUCACAUUUUUAUUAAAGUGUCUGGGUGUUGCAGGUGAAGAUGAAUAAAUAGUUUAUUCUCACA